UGGAAUGCAGAAGACCACCAUGAAUAGUGGUGUUUGUGUAAGAGGAAGCAAUUCGGAGGAUUCAUCUUGUGAUUUUUAUGGUUUACUCGAAGAUGUAGUGCAGCUUGAGUACCAUGGUAGUAGAUGGAAUCAUGUAGUACUUUUUGAGUGUACGUGGUUUGACCCAUUAAAUGGCACCAAGGUUCAUCCCCUAUAUAAGUUGGUUGAUAUUAAUUGUAAAAGGUUCUAUCAAAAGUAUGAUCCAUUUGUGUUGGCCCAACAAGCCACUCAAGUGAACUAUGUUGCAUACCCGAGCAUGAAGAAAAACAAAGUUGAUUGGUUGGUUGUGUGUCCCACAAAAGCUAGGGGAGUGGUUGAGACAAGUUGGCAAGAAAAAGAUGCAUCUGCAUAUCAAAUGGAGGAAAUCCAGUGCACAACUUGUGUUAGUACUAUGGAAGAAAUUCCUCCUUUGUUUGACACACAAGGCAUACAACUUAUUGUUGACUUGUCUGAUCUACAACCCAUUUCGGAAGGUGAAACCGAGGAAGACAAAGAAAAUGAGCUAACAGAAAAAGAAGAAAAUGAACAAAUUGAUGGUGAUGUUGAUGAUGGUGAUGGUGAUGGUGAUGAUGAUGAUGAUGAUGUUGAUGAUGAUGAUGAUGAUGAUGAUGAUGAUGAUGAUGAUGAUGAUGAUGAUGAACAUGACUUUUAACAAACUACGCACUAUUUUGGAAAAAUCUUCUUUUGUAUUUCCUUUUAGUGGGUUGAUUAUUUCACUUGAAGCGUGAUGGAUCGU